AUGCCGAAGGACUCAUCAGAAGAAUUGCUAGAUCGCCUAGCGUCUAGGAUGUUCAACGCUAUGCUCGAUGAUAUCUUGAUGGACGUCGCGUUACAGUCGCAGCAGGAGGUGGCGCGAAGUAAAGCAGUCUGUGAUGUUUGUCAUACAAAGUGUCGACAACAGCAUAUCCCCGGGACCCCCGACGCUUCGGGAGCGCUUAGCGCCUCCAGCUCCAUGUCAUUUAACGCUCGAUCUGUAGCUGCGGGUGAGGCAGUCAAGUCGCGGGACACCAGCGCAGUCUACUUGCCAUGUAGAAAGUGCGAUCGUGAGAUUGCUUCAAAUCGCUAUGCCUCUCACUUUAGCUCUUGCACGGGUGCCGGGACAUCGCGCAAAGCCACCCAGAAGCCUAUGGCUAGGUCGAACUCGGAUGCGGGUUCUCCUUACCCUUCUGAGAACGGUGACGCUGCGGAAGAGUACAAACCAACAUCUGUCAAUCCACCUAAACCGAAGCCAAAGGGUCGCCCUCCCAAGAACAAGGGUGGCGACGAUGCCGCCAAAAAGAGACAAGGUAGCCCUCAAACGUCCUCGCCGAAGAAUAAAAAGCAGAAGACGUCCGCCUUACCAUUAUCACGCGUCACUUCUACAGAUAGCACCAUGACGGCCGGUGCCUCUCAACCAAAAGCGCCGUCGCGGCUCCGCGAGACAUCCAUAUUUGGAGACGACUCUCGUUCUCCUUCUCCUGCACUCGCCACGACUCCUACCAAGCCGAAGCCACAUGAAACCUCGCCGCCUCUACCUACGCUACCCGCACCCCUUGUGCGUCGUAUCGAGACCGACUACCUUCUCGGAAAUGACGACGGUGAUGAGACGGGUUCUUCGACGGACACUGAUGGUAGCGGUUGA